AUGAGUUAUGUUAUGCCUAAGUCAUUUAGUACUUGGCAAUGUCUUGUUCUAUUGUCAGCUUUGUUGAUCUCAUCGCUACUACUCUCCGUACAAUCUCAAUUAGAAAAUCGAUUUCGCUACUAUUCUUGCCAAACAGUGGGAGGGAACUUCACCGUCAACAGCAGCUAUGAAGUUAACCUCAACUCAUUCAUCUCCUCCCUCUCGUCUCUUCCGCAGAACGAAGAUGGAUUUUACAACGUUUCCGUUGGAGAAACUGAUAAUGAGAAAGUGAACUCUUUGAUGUUGUGUAGAGGUGACGUGAAACCAACUGACUGCAUUGGAUGCAUUAUUAGAGCCGGGCAAGAAAUUAGGGAACGAUGUCCGAACGAGAAAGAAGCAAACAUAUGGUACGACCUUUGUAUGCUCAGGAUGUGA